ACGCAACUUCGCGCAUAAUAACAAGAAUAACUGCCGUUUUAAAAUUAAAAUCCAAGCCACGCGUUGUGUUGACUGUUCAGCGCAUGCACCAAAAAGAAAUUUUUCCAGGAUCGAUAUUAUUUGUGAAAAUUAAUAAAAUGAUUUUAAUUCGUUUUAAGUAAGCCAAAUUAUCAUUGUUGUUUAGAUUUUUAGGGAACAAAACUGUUUAGUAAAUAAGAUAUUUUAAAAUAUAAAUAUUUAAGAUAGAGUUGUAUGUGGGGAAGAUACUGGAUUUUGAUUGGUCUAUUCAAACGAUUCUGUUUUUAGGGAAUGAAGAUGCUAAUUCAAAAAUAUAAAAUUAUUGAAACCUAUUUUACGUAUGCAUAAUUUGAUUGUGUAAAGAUUUUUAAUGAUACUGAAAUUUAGUAGAAGAAAACUGGAUAAACAUUUACCAUUUUAGUUUAAAUAGUUUUGUAUUGCUCCGGGUGGGGUGUCUACUCGACGCUGAUUGGUUCAUUCAAAUCUUUCAGUUUAUCAAGAAUGUUUAACUUUUUAGAUUCAAAAUUUGCUCCCAAGGUUGUUUGUAGAACACCAGCAACUGAUAAUUAUGAAGUUGAUAAUCUCAUAAGCAGUAAAUAUACCGAUAAAAUGCGCGGUUUUAUAUCCUUUUCAUCUAUUAAACCACCUGUGGAGGUAGAAUUUGAAUUUAUUUGCCCUGUCAAUAUCCAUUACAUUGUUAUCAAUACAACAGUUGGAAAUCAAAAAUGUUCUGGAAUAGAAUUGCUUGCAAAGAAGCAAAACUGUUGUUAUGUUUCACUAGGAAAAUGUUUUUAUGAUAAUGCUGGUGUAGUAUUUUGUAAUAGUAGAAAAUAUUCAAGCACUCAAUUACCUCCAAACUGUGAUACCAGUUUUCACUUGGCUUUUUUUAAGUCUCAUGCUUUCCAACAUUUUUUAAACGCUCAAAGUAUUAAAAUAAUAAUAUUUCGUACUGAAAAAUCGGUACCUUGUAUUGGGUCUGUAGAAGUUUGGGGUAUUCCUUCAAAAACUUGUUCAAAGCUUACUGUAAACACUAUUGGUAAACUUGCAACUGGUAGUCACAGAGAAAUAUCAUCCACUUCGGAAUCCACUCCUGAGGAAUUUAAAAUUCCUGAAGAUUUUAAAGAUGAUUUGACAUAUGAAUUAAUGACAAUUCCUAUGACAUUACCUAGUGGUAAGACUGUAGAUCAAUCUACAUUAGAAAAGCAUGUAGAAAGUGAGAAAUCUUUUGGCAGAAAACCUUGUGAUCCUUUUACCGGUAUUAAAUUUAGUGAAACUCUUAAGCCAGUGAUAAACGUUGGUCUAAAAAGUAGGAUAGAUAUGUUUGUGUUACAAAAUUCCCAUAGAUCUGAGCUGGUUAACCAUAAAAGAACUCUAGGAGGUACAAGCAGCAAUCAUUUUAUUAAUACGAAAAAAAGAUCAUACUGCAGGGAAGAUAGUGACUUAGAAAAAGCGCUAUCUGAGGCAAAAAGGAAUGUAAAUUUCAAAACUUUUACAGAUGAAGAAAAGGAAACUAAUAAAUGUAUGACGUGUAAAUGUUUAUUUAGUUUUUUGUACAAAAUUCCAUGUGAUCAUUUUUAUUGUAGGCAAUGUUUACUUACUGUUUCUCGAGAUUUAGAAUGUUCAAUUUGUAAAAAGGCUUUUGCUACAAAAGAUGUACAAAAAUGUUACUUUUAAAUAAAUUUUUCCACAAAA